UCACCCUCUGCUCUGCAGGAGUCGGCCUGGCCUCGAAGCUCCAGGGCCACCAUGGCGCUGAGCUCUGGGCUCUUAGUGCGCUUGCUGCUCUUGGGGAGCAUGGAGCUAUGCAGUCCCCACCCCACUGUGUCCUCCCUGCCGCCCAUACAGGUUCAAUGUCUGGAAGCCCAGCUGGUGGUCACCGUCAGCAGAGACCUCUUCGGCACAGGGAAGCUUGUCCAGCCUGGCGACCUCACCCUGGGCCCCGAGCGCUGCAGGCCCCUGGUCUCCGCAGGCUCAGAUGACACCGUGGUCAAGUUCGAGGUUGGAGUGCAUGAGUGUGGCAGCAGCGUGCAGGUGACAAAUGAUGCCCUGGUGUACAGCACCUUCCUGCUCCAUACGCCCAGGCCUAUGGGAAACCUGUCCAUCGUGAGAACAAACCAUGCAGAAGUUCCCAUUGAGUGUCGCUACCCCAGGCAUGGCAACGUGAGCAGCCAGGCAAUCCUGCCCACCUGGGUGCCCUUCAGGACCACGGUGUCCUCGGAAGAGAAGCUGGUUUUCUCCCUGCGCCUGAUGGAGGAGAACUGGAGCACCGAGAAGACAUCCCCCACCUUCCGCCUGGGACAGGCAGCCUACCUGCAGGCAGAGGUCCACACAGGUAACCACCUGCCACUGCAGCUCUUUGUGGACUACUGUGUGGCCACACCGACACCAGACCAGAACUCAUCCCCUCUUCACACCAUUGUGGACUUCCACGGCUGCCUCGUGGACGGGGUGUCUGACAGCUCUUCUGCAUUCCAAGCCCCCAGACCCAGGCCGGACAUGCUCCGGUUCACGGUGGAUGUGUUCCACUUUGCUAACAACUCCAGAAACACGAUCUACAUCACCUGUCAUCUGAAGGUCACUCCAGCUAGCCAGGUCCCAGACCAACUCAACAAAGCCUGCUCCUUCAACAAGUCCUCUAACAGCUGGUCACCAGUAGAAGGCAGUGCUGACAUCUGUAAGUGCUGUGACUCCGGGGACUGUGGUGGUCCAGGCCAUUCCAGGAGGCUGUCUACUAAGAUCCAGGAUGUCGGGUCUACUUCACGGAAACGCAGGCAUGUGACAGAAGCAGCUGAUGUUACUGUGGGACCACUGAUCUUCCUGGGAGAAGCUGGGGACCACAGCGUGGAGGGCUGGACCUCUCCCACACACACCUCCAUGGCUCUGGGCUUGGGCCUGGCCGUGAUGGCAUUCCUAAGCCUGGCUGUGGUUCUGGGUCUCACCAGAAGGUGCCAUGCUGCUUCCCAUUCUGUGUCCCUUACCCAAUAAAAGAAGAAAGCAAA